CCUCCUCCUCACGAAACCGCCGUUCCUCCGUCGAGAGCAGAGUUUUCUUGGAGAAGAUUUCUCGAGUGAUUCUUGGUUCGCCGGAGAAGAAGAGGUGGAGAUGAACCAUAGCAGGGCGGGCGCCGCGGAUGGCGCCGGCGGCGCGGGGGAUAUCGUGGAGGCCGGCGCGGAGGGUCCGCCGCCGCCGCAGAGGGAGAGGCUGGUGCCGCACAGCGGGCCCCUGAGCAAGAGGUCCGGGAUGAGGAAGAGCGCGAGGUUCGCGGAGUCGGUGUCGGCGCCGCUGUCCGCGCCGUCGGGCGCGCCGGCGCGGCGCGGCGGCGGCGGCGACGACGACGAGGAGGACUACGUAGAGAUCACCCUCGACGUGCGCGACGACUCGGUGGCGGUGCACAGCGUGAAGCCCGCGGGCGGCGCGGAGGACUCCGACGUCACGCUGCUGGCGCGCACGCUGGAGAAGCGGUCGUCGUCGUUCGGCCACUCCGUCAUCCGGAACGCCUCGUCGCGGAUCAAGCAGGUGUCGCAGGAGCUCCGCCGCCUCGCCUCCGUCAACCGCCGCGGCGGCGGCGCCGGCGGCCCGCGCAUCGACCGCUCCAAGUCCGCCGCCGCGCACGCCCUCAAGGGCCUCAAGUUCAUCAGCCGCGCCGAGGGCGGCGCCGGCUGGCCCGCCGUCGAGAAGCGCUUCGACGAGCUCGCCAAGGACGGCCUCCUCCCCCGCUCCAAGUUCGGCCAGUGCAUCGGGAUGAAGGAGCUGGAGUUCGCCGGCGAGCUGUUCGACGCGCUGGCGAGGCGGCGGAACAUCUCCGGCGACAGCAUCAGCAAGGCGGAGCUGCUCGAGUUCUGGGACCAAAUCUCCGACACCAGCUUCGACAGCCGUCUCCAAACCUUCUUCGACAUGGUUGAUAAGAACGCCGACGGCAGGAUCACAGAAGAGGAGGUCAAAGAGAUCAUCACGCUGAGCGCGUCGGCGAACAAGCUGUCCAAGGUGCAGGAGCAGUCCGAGGAGUACGCCCGCCUCAUCAUGGAGGAGCUCGACCCCAGCAACCUCGGCUACAUCGAGCUGUACAACCUGGAGAUGCUGCUGCUGCAGGCGCCGAGCCAGUCGGUGAGGAUAGGGACGACGAACAGCCGGAACCUGAGCCAGAUGCUGAGCCAGAACCUCCGGCCGACGGCGGAGCCCAACCCGCUCCGGCGGUGGUACCGCCGCGCCAGCUACUUCCUGGAGGACAACUGGCGGCGCGUCUGGGUGCUCCUCCUCUGGCUCGCCGUCUGCGCUGGCCUCUUCUCCUACAAGUUCGUCCAGUACCGGCGGCGCGCCGUGUUCGACGUCAUGGGCUACUGCGUCUGCGUCGCCAAGGGCGGCGCCGAGACGCUCAAGUUCAACAUGGCGCUCAUCCUCCUCCCGGUCUGCCGCAACACCGUCACCUGGAUCCGCAACCGCGCCGCCGUCGCCCGCGUCGUCCCGUUCGACGACAACCUCAACUUCCACAAGGUGAUCGCCGUCGGCAUCACCGUCGGCGCCGGGCUCCACAUCAUCUCCCAUCUCACCUGCGACUUCCCGCGGCUGCUCCACGCCACCGACGCCGAGUACGAGCCGAUGAAGCCGUUCUUCGGCGACCGGCGGCCGCCCAACUACUGGUGGUUCGUGAAGGGCACCGAGGGGUGGACGGGGCUCGUCAUGCUCGUCCUCAUGGCCGUCGCCUUCACCCUCGCCACGCCGUGGUUCCGCCGCGGCCGCCUCCGCCUCCCGCGCCCGCUCAACCGCCUCACCGGCUUCAACGCCUUCUGGUACUCCCACCACUUCUUCGUCGUCGUCUACGCCCUCCUCAUCGUCCAUGGCCACUACCUCUACCUCACCAAGGAUUGGUACAAGAAAACCACGUGGAUGUACCUGGCGGUGCCGAUGUGCCUGUACGCGUGCGAGCGGCUGACGAGGGCGCUCCGGUCGAGCGUGCGGCCGGUGAAGAUACUCAAGGUGGCGGUGUACCCCGGCAACGUGCUGUCGCUGCACUUCUCCAAGCCACAGGGUUUCAGGUACAAGAGUGGCCAAUACAUCUUCGUCAACUGCGCCGCCGUCUCGCCGUUCCAAUGGCACCCAUUUUCAAUCACGUCGGCUCCACAGGACGACUACGUCAGCGUCCACAUCAGGACGCUCGGUGACUGGACACGGGAGCUUAAGAACGUCUUCUCAAGGGUAUGCCGGCCGCCGACAGAGGGGAAGAGCGGGUUGCUCCGAGCGGAGUACGACCGCGACGGCGCCAUGACCAACCCAAGCUUCCCGAAGGUGUUGAUCGACGGGCCGUACGGGGCGCCGGCGCAGGACUACAAGCAGUACGACAUCGUGCUGCUCGUCGGGCUGGGCAUCGGCGCGACGCCGAUGAUCUCCAUCAUCAAGGACAUCAUCAACAACAUGCGGCAGCUGGACGGCGACCUGGAGAACGGCGGCGGCGACGCGUCGGUGCCGUCGUCGUUCAGGACGCGGCGGGCCUACUUCUACUGGGUGACGAGGGAGCAGGGGUCGUUCGAGUGGUUCAGGGGGGUGAUGGACGAGGUGGCGGAGACGGACAAGAAGGGGGUGAUCGAGCUCCACAACUACUGCACCAGCGUGUACGAGGAAGGGGACGCCCGGUCGGCGCUCAUCGCCAUGCUCCAGUCGCUCAACCACGCCAAGCACGGCGUCGACGUCGUCUCCGGCACCCGCGUCAAGACCCACUUCGCCCGCCCCAACUGGCGCAACGUCUACAAGCGCAUCGCCCUCAACCACCGCGACCAACGCGUCGGGGUGUUCUACUGCGGAGCGCCGGUGCUGACGAAGGAACUGCGUGAGCUUGCGCAAGACUUCUCGAGAAAGACGUCGACGAAAUUUGACUUCCACAAGGAGAAUUUCUAGUUUUCUGGAAGAAUCAAAAUUCAAGUUUUCGCACUACGGUGUUUAGUACAUACAAAGUUCUAUACAUAUGACAAAAUAUGACAUACAUAUGAAACUGUAGAGGGACUAGAUCAAAGUAGGUAUUGCUUGAUUCUGGCCAGUUUGGUCAGAGAAUUUCAUCAGUUUUUUGCUCUGGAAGAAUAAUCCAAUGCCCCCUUGUACAGAUCUUCUCCCAGAUAUACUUUUGUAUUACUUAGACUAGCCAAUUUGAUCAAUCAGCUUCUAUCUAGUAGCUUGUAGAGAGUUUGAUGGAGGCCUAAUCAGGUCAAAACUAUCAACAAUGUUUGGCAAGGACAAGAA